CGGACCCGCGCCCGGCCGGGGCAGCGGUUGUGGGAACCCCGAGCCUCCGGACGCCGCCCGCCGCGCCAUGGCCUUCCCGGCCCCCGCGCUGCUCUGUGCGCUGUGCGCGGCCGCCCGCGUCGGCUACUCCGAGGAGCGCUGCAGCUGGAGGGGCAGCGGCCUGACCCAGGAGCCCGGCAGCGUCGGGCAGCUGUCGCUGGCCUGUGCGGACGGCGCGGUCCCGUGGCUCUACCCGUCUGGGGCGCUGCGCCUGACCCUGGGCGGCUCCGACCCCGGCGCGCGGCCCGGCAUCGUCUGUCUGCGGCCGGCGCGGCCCUUCGCGGGCGCCCAGGUCUUCGCGGAGCGCGCGGGCGGCGCCCUGGAGCUGGUGCUGGCCGAGGGCGCGGGCCCGGCAGGGGGCCGUUGCGUGCGCUGGGGUCCCCGCGAGCGCCGGGCCCUCUUCCUGCAGGCCACGCCGCACCGGGACAUCAGCCGCCGCGUGGCCGCCUUCCGCUUUGAGCUGCGCGAGGACGGGCGCCCCAAGCUGCCCCCGCAGGCCCAUGAUCUCGGCGUGGACGGUGCCUGCAGGCCCUGCAGCGAUGCUGAGCUGCUCCUGGCGGCGUGCACCAGCGACUUCGUAAUUCACGGGACCAUCCACGGGGUCACCCACGACACAGAGCUGCAGGAGUCCAUCAUCACCGUGGUGGCCGCCCGUGUCCUCCUCCAGACACUGCCGCUGUUCCAGGUGUGCUCCGGGGACGAGAGGCUGACCUCCAUUCGUACCCCACUGCACUGCGGCGUCCACCCGGGCCCAGGCACCUUCCUCUUCAUGGGCUGGAGCCGCUUCGGGGAGGCCUGGCUGGGCUGUGCCCCACGAUUCCAGGAGUUCCGCUGUGCCUACGAGGCUACCCAUACUGCCCACCACCGCCACCCCUGCGAGGUGGUGCUUCACUGAGGGACCAGACGCAGCGCCAGCUGGAGCUCCUGUGGGGCAGGGUGUUGGGGAGGGGCUGGU